GGUCAACCAAAAUCUCGGGGCAGAGGCAACGGGUUUCGCGGGCGGCGCAGACGGCAGCGCUAGGAGGCGGGAUGCCGCAUCGCCAAGUCUCUCCGAAGGGUACCAUGCCAUGCCAUGCCAUGUCACUCACCCUCGCCUCCCCUUGCGAGGCGGCUCCUCUCUGUUGUCCGCGACUCCACUGCAAACCACAGGAGGCAGGGCUCAUGAUGUCAAUCGGGCUCCGCAGGUAUCCCUGGCCGGCAUUACGAGAAGAUCUUCGCCCCGGCAGUGCACACACUCAACUUUGGGCACUGGUUGGAUUGGCGCAACCAACGCGACCUCGCUUUCUGCACCCCGUGAUUACGAGAUGAUCAUCGAAACGGGGUCCCCUGGACUCCUAGAGCUUUCUGGUGGCACUGCAGCAACCAGCAUUUUGUGAUGGUCAACCCGAGAUAUAAGACGACCGACAGAUCCCCCUCUCUAAUACCUUUCAGAACAUUCAUCUCAUCACACUCAACAACCAACAAUCUUAAUCUCAAAGUAAUCAUCCGACCACAUCAGUCUUUACACCCACAGUCACUUCAAACACAACAACCAUCAAAAUGCAGUUCACCAACACCCUCGCCGUUGCGACCUCCCUCAUCGCCGCCGUCUCCGGCGCCGCGGUCCCCCAGCUCAUCACCCGCCAGAACAACGGCACCACAAACGGCACCGCCCCCGGCCUGCCCGCCGACGCAAAGUUCCAGCUCAUGGCCCUCCGCUCCGCCAGCGAGGUUCACUUCUCGACCUUCCAGGCCGCCAAGAGCUCCAUCUUCCUCCAGCUGCCCAACCAGAACGCCACCUGCGACAGCACUGAGGACGACGACUCAGCGACCUUCUACCUGAACCAGGACGACGGCGGCCUCUACCUCUACGCCGCCUCCGCCACCCCUCAGCAGCUCUACGCCGACCGCUCCGGCAUGGGUCAGGGCAAGCUCGGCUACACCACCGGCGCCCAGCCCGCGCCCCGCAACGGCGAGCGCACUGGAUGGAAGGUUGACCAGUACGGCGACCUCACCCUCGACGGCGCCAGCUUCCUGGCCUGCCCCAACAGCAUCGAGGACAGCUGGUCCGUCUGGAUCUCUUCCGGUGUCGCCAACCCUGCCGGCAACACCGACUGCCUCGGCAUUGCUGUCCGCGCUGUCCAGAUCACCGACCCCAACAGCUGCAGCUACACUUCCUAAGCGGUUGCUUGGCUUGUUUGAUCUCUUCAUCUUUCACACAUUUCUCAUCAAAUUGGCAUCGGUAUAAAGGCAUUGGGACUACCCGGGUAUAUCCAUAGAAUGGCGAACAUUUGCAUUUGUGGCACACAUUGUCAUCACGGUCAUUCCGUUGUUGACACCUGUAUAUUGUACUGUAGAAGGAUUUGCCUUCUUCGAACAUGAAUUAAUAUGUCAUUUUCAAUUUUA